GAAGCUCAUCGAUUCGAAACUUCCUAAAAAAAGAAAGUUUGAAAUUCUAGGCGGGAGAUUUGCAAAUCCACAAAUAUCGAUCAUGAUGGAAGACCAUGGUGGAGCUUAUGAGUUGAGUCUUGAGGAACUGAUGGAUGAAUAUGCAUCUCGACCUCCACAAGUAGCUGAAUGGUUAUGGUGUAUAGAAUACGUAGCCAAAUUCGUUAAGGAUAUACGUUGCAUACUCGAUUUGAUGAACAUGGGAUAUCAAUACUCAGAUGGUUAUGGGAAGAGGAUUAAUGAAGUUCUGUCUCUUAGAGUCUUGGAGUUUAUGUUUGAUCCAAGCAAGAAGGAUUCUAGUGGUGUUGGUGUGGCUUCUGUUUCAGAGGAAAGAGUUGAGUUUGAUUUGUCUUUGAGUAAUGCUGAUGUUCUUAGAGCGAUUCUGAAAGAGAUUCCAGUAUCGGAUUUGCGAGCUGGCAUGCCGGAGUUAUCGAAGUUCAAUGUUCUUCCGUUUAUUGCUCACAAGAACAUGUGUUUGCCACAGUGUGCACUGGAGAAGCUGAGAGAUUUGAGUUUAAUGGAGAAUGAGACGAAUGCAGCUCCUGAGAUGGAAGCAAAUGAUCCUAUUUCUAGAGGUGAUAGACCAGUGCACAUGGAUACAGGCGAGGAGGAGCCGAUAGAUGAGCAACAAGUGCAUAUUGGUUUGGAGCAAAACAUAAAGGAGAAGGAUAAAGUAACUCUCAUCGACGAUGAAGAUGAGCCAAUGCACACCAAUGAAAAAGAUGAAGUAAUUGUGAUCGAUGAAGAUACAGAGAUUGAUCAAGACACAGACACUGAACCCAUGAGCAAGGAUUAUACAAUUGGUGAGAAUGCACGUGUAAAAUGUACAAAAGAUGGAACCUGGUUAAUCAGUGGGAGCGAUGAUGUAUGUUGGAAAUGUGGAAAAGAAGGAACGUUGUUGGUAUGUAUCAGAAGCGAGUGUGUAUCAAAAGUUCACAAAGAAUGUUUGAACUGUGCGGUUAACUUUGAUGAAGACGGGAACUUUCACUGUCCUGUGUGCUGGUAUGAUGGAGUCGUUGCAGAUUACUUAGAAUCUCAGAAGUUGAUGAGCUCUGCCAAGAGAAGACUGAUGAAGUUUAUGCCUCUACUUUCAACAAGAAGCAAGAGACUCAGACCAAUCAAAGCGAUCUGAGACGCUGUUGUGGCCUUGUUCGUGGUGGGUUUUCGUUAAAAAGUCGAGUUCUGCUCAUAUCUGCGCUGGUGCAAAGAAUUGGAGACAUUCGGGGGUAAUAUAUUAGAAGUGAAAGUUAAGGGGUAAUAUAUUAGGUGUGAAGGGUUAUUAUUUAAAACUAGCGGGGGAAAAGGAGUUUAUGGUUUCUUUCCUUUUUGUUUCAGUAAAAGAUAAACACAUUAGUCGUCGGUAAUUAAAGCUAAUACGAAGUCACAUUAUGAAUAUUUUUGACACAGAAAACGAAUUUAUCGGAAACUUAAGCUUAAUAGCUUAACUAGCAUACGAUGUCGUGUCAGAUCGGUUUCUUAAAGGUCUUUCUUUUUUGUUUGUGCAAAACUUAAACGAAGGUUUAUGCUAAUGUUUCACACUGCAGAAUGAUUGUCU